AUGGCCUCUUACCCUCCGCCCAUCGUCGCCGCCACCGACAUCGAACUUUUCAACAAUAUCGCGUUCCCGGGACGCGGGGCGUCGUCUGGCGUGUUGACGUCGGCCGAGGAGCAGGAACUCGUUGACUUGCUCGAGAGAACGCUUACAAGGGUCCCGUUGGAUGACUCAGCGUAUGUCUCCUCCGCCUGCCCCGUGUUCGUCGUCGCUGAUUUUGUCUGCAGUGUACCCACGCGACAACUCCCUCACCCCAGGUCACCACCGUUCUACACGUUGAAUCCCGCGUCGCCCUUUGCAUCGGGCAAACCCCCGAUCGUCGAGCGCUUCACGGACCUGCUACCAUACCACAACCCCCAUAGCGCCCCGAGCAGGACCGCCUCCUUCGCACUCACCACCUCCAUGACCGACCUCGCGACCUUUUAUGAGCUUCCAGACUCUGUCACCGUCCCCGCGUUUACCGUUGCCGAUGACGGUGCGCUCUGCUGCGUCGCGAUAUCCGGCACGGAGCUGUGCAGGCAGGAGGUCUUUGCUCUCUUCGAUGACGAGUCCCCGAAUUACUGCUCGCACGUUGCAGUCGGGCAGCGUGCCUGCCCUUGGGUGGGGUGCGGUCUCUGCGUGCCCGACGCGGAGGCCGAACGUCUUGGACCACAUGCGACCGUGAAGAUGCUCGAGAUGCACCUCAUCAUUGACCACUAUAUGGGUGUUCCCAGGUGUAAACUCUGCGGGCUUGAUCUGCGCCAGAUGCCGGGGCUUGAGUCUUGUCCACCGUAUACCUUCCCUUUGGCUCCCCACUAUAUUUCCGGGUGUUGUCUUGGUCUGGCGAAGCACGCGAUUGAGAUGGGCCUGCCGGUCCCGACGCUGCCCAUGGCCGGACAGUUCUCGGACAACAACAUGAAUACUCCCAACGGUCACAAACGCAAGGUCCGUAAAUGCAACGCACCGGCCAUUGUGCCUAAAAUGGUCAUAGGUCCACUCCGAGCGUGUAGUUUUGUCGUUGCCGAUCGUGUUUAUGUCGGGGGUACAAAAGGCGAGAGGACGUCGAGACGCGACGCCAACUUCAUUCUCCCUACUUCGAAGCGUGAUGAGCGCGAGCAGGUUGUUCUGCCCUCGAUUGAGGGCCUAUUGGCUGCCGCGCCUUUGAUUUCGUCUCUCGGCGACGCGCUUGACCGGCUGCGUCUCAACACGCCGAAAUGGAGGGUUCCGUAUCCGCAAAUUCGACGGAUUCCACCUGAGGCGGCACCGUUUGUGCAACCCCGACCAUUCGACGUCUUCCUUGCAUCGCGGCCGACUGCCAUCGAUGCGUCCUACUUUCAAGAGCCUCGCGAUCUGGGCAUCUUGGCGCUGCCGCAGACGUCUCCCUGCAACACCGUCCACCUCGCCGGUGUCCCCAUGCAACAUAUUCUGCGCCUGUACGAGCUAUCUUGGGACGACGUGAGGCCCACCUUCGCCAUCCCCCAGUCUCAGAGCGAGGUCGUCUGCCGCGCCAUUUUUCCCAGCGGCCGCCGAUGCACAGAAACCAUUCAGCAGCACUGCCGGGGCGACUCUCAUUACAAGGUGCACGUUGGCCUCCAUCAACGUCGGUGCCUUUGGGAAGGCUGCGCGUUCACGAUACCGGACGACGCCGCUCGGCAGCGCUCUCCUGAAUCGGUUACAACGAUCCUGAUGGUUCACAUGGUCCUCGCGCACUUCCAGUUCGGCACUCGGUGCCCUCUUUGUGACAAUGUCGUUCCAACUUCCGGCGUCUCCUUUCCGAUGGCCCAUCCGCUGCUGGAGCACUAUCAAACCGGGUGCCAUCCAUACCGCACUUCACGCGACGAGCGUGGAAUCCUCUCCAAGGGAAACGUACUAGCUCUGGUCAUGCAACGCGCACACGUCUUCUACCCCGGGCCGCCUCCCUCAAGCGCCGCUGGAGCGAGACCGCUUCCCCAGUUCGCGCCUAUGGUGAACACUUCAGAAGGCGCUAUCUCGCAGGCCAGCCACUGGACGCCUUUACCGCCUCCUCCGACGCCUACCGUCCCUACGAUGCCGUCCGCCAAGCCCGUUGACGCGUCUUCCGCCUCCAGCCGCGGCCGGUAUCCGGUCUUUUAUAUCUCCCCCGUGGUCGAAGAUAUGCCUUGCAAGGCCCUCCGCCCCGACGGACAGCACUGCUCAGUUGCGAUCAAGGAUCACUGCAAGGGGUGGGGCAAGGUCGCAAAGCACCACGCCCUUGCCUUCAGCACGCACGUCGUCCAUGGACAGCGAUACUGUCCAUGGGCUGGCUGUGGAUUUGUAUUCCACAGCGAGGAGGCGGAGAGGCUCGGGCAGCUGCUUAUGAAGCUUCUGCUCGAUAAACAUGUCCACGCCGAGCACUUCAAGGCUAUGCAGUUCGAACGUCACAUUGUGUUCACGCAUUGA